AUGUAUAUUUCAAAGAAAUUGGGAUUUCUCCAACUAAUAAUCAUAUCGUUGAGUGUCCUUAAAUUUUCUACUGGUUUUAUGAAAAAUCGUAUAAAUGAUACAGUUGAACAGGUAGAUAAUAACACACUUUAUCAAAUAUUGUCAGUUCAGAGACAUGUUGUUGUUUAUUUCUAUGAUCAUGGUCAUCAACAGGAAUCAAUUUAUAAAUUAGUUAAUGAAACAUCAUAUAAAGCAGAUGAAACUAUGUUACCGAUUUCAGUAGUUACCGUAUGUGCAACCUUUUAUGAUGAGAUGGAAAAGAAGUUGAACAUUUAUAUACCAUCAGUUACAUAUUUUCGUGAUGGUGGAAAGUAUAAAUCUGAAUAUAAAGAAUUAAUGAAAAUCAAUGGAAACCAUGGUAAUCCAUUAUAUGAAUGGAUAAAACUAAAAAUUGGUUCACCAAUCAAAUUAUUAAGAAGUAUGAAUGAAACCAAUGAAUUUAUUAUCAAUAAUAAUUUAAUUGCUAUCAUAUUUAUAAAGCAAUGCCCAUGCAUGAUCCAACUGGGAUGGAAUCCAGGACCUUCAAAUUUCCGAGAUUUCGAUGAAAAAGUAAUGAAGAAUAUUAGCACAGUUGCUGAACAAGCUGAUCAUAUAGCAUACGGCUUAGUUUAUAAUGAAACAAUUUUCGAUCAUUUCAAUAUAACAAAACAAAAAUUAUUGUUAAUUAGAAAAGAGUCUGAGAAUACUGAGCCAUUUCACUUAAUUUAUUCAGGUGAUUGGAAUAUUGAAUCAUUAGGCUCAUAUUUAUUUAUUGAAUCUUUACCAAUUGUUAAUGAGUUCAAAAUUGGUGAAUUAACUUACUUUGAUAGUGCUACAAUCAAACAUGAUGUAUAUUUAUUUCUAAUACAAUCUGAUUUUGAAUUCCCAUUAGCAUUAAAUAAUUAUCGUAAUGCUUGUAAACUAUUUAGAAAGGAGAUACGUUGCUACUUUGUUGAUAUAGCAAACGAAAUCAACUUGAAAUUUAGUCAGCAACACGGUGUUCAUGUUGGUUAUGGUUAUCCACGAUUUCAAUUAGUGGCUACUUCCAAAAAGGGUUCACGAAUUCGUUAUCGUCUGAAGGGACCUAAAUUCGAAUUUGGACGGAAAGGAUUUAAUAAUCGUGAUCUGAUGAAUAUGAUCGAAACACAGGACAUUAUCAACUUUUUUGACCAACUUCUACAACGUAAAUUAUCACCUUUCUAUAUAAGUGAAAUUGUACCAGAGUAUGAUGAAAAUGUCAGUGACGAUAUUGAAAAUAUAGGACAUAUUCCCUUGUCUAGUAUGAUUAAAACACCACCGCUGAAAUUAAAAUUUAUACAUAAAGUUGUUGGGGCAACAUUCAAAACAUUAGUAAAAAAUCCUGAAUGGACAUCUGUUGUUUAUUUUACCGCUAAAUGGUGUAUGGGAUGUAAUCGAACAAUUCAUGAAGAAUUUACGAAAUUAUCACAAUAUUAUCAAGAACAUCGUCGAAACGAUUUAUUAUUUGGUUAUUCCUAUUUUGAUUUAAAUGAUUAUGAAGAAUUAACAGCUACUAAAAUGCCUCGAAUCAAAAUAUUUCCUAAACAAUCAAACGAACAAAUAGAUUAUGAAGCGUACAGUCAAAUAAUGCAGUCAAUUCUUCGUAAUCUUGUUAUGCAUGCUGAAAGAAACAGUUGUACAACCGAAAACUAUCUUCCGUCAUAG